ACGAGAGCUGCUGGGGAUAUACAGACUAGCACAGCAAGAGAGGGCAGCCAGGCGCAGGCUUUAGACGUAAGCCGUCACUGGUAGGAGAGUCAUACUCAGUGGUUGCGGUGAGCCAGCUUACUGUCACCCUGAGACAGCCUUGUGGCGGUCCGGAAAGACACACAGCCCAGAGGCAGGAAGCUCAGGCAACUAGAGGUGAGACAGACAGAGUGGGAGGAGGAAAGGAACGGAGCUUGUGUAAGUUUUUUUGUGUAAGUUGAGAGACAGUGUCACUGAGUAGUGGGAGGAUCUGAGACCGCGCAGGGAAGUGGGUGUCUGUCUGAGUGAGUGAGACAGCCUGCACUGAAGAGGAGAGUAGUUCAACUCUAAAGUCGGUGCAAAGGGAGGAGACAGCUGGCGUCCAGAAGUAAACAAGCACAGGAGACAGCCUUGACAGUGACAGACACUGCACGGGGCCGCCCCGGGUGACACCAAUAGCACCGGCCAUUGCCAGCGUUGCCCCAUGGAGGCCGGGGGCCCCUAUAUUCCCUCUCAGGGCCAGCCAUAAUCUGGAGGAGGAACCUGCAAUUAGUACGGAUAUACCAUCAGGAUCCCAUGAACUCAUCGCCGACACUGACGGAGGAUUAAUUAUAAAGCCGUUUUACUGCAGAUCAUCUUAAUACCCAUGAGCCAAUGCAGCAGUGGAUCACAAUAAUUAGAUAUUAUUAGUGCGUUCAUGCUACCACAUACCAUAUUACUUUUAAAGGGUUAUUUGCAACCCUAUAUAAUAUUACAUAAGGAUCACUUAUACGUGUACUAACUUCUUUUUGCAGUACACUACACAGGGAAUCCUAAACCUACCACCCUACCACGUCUGGUUUAUUUGUCGUAGAGCUUUAAAUAAAAACCCUUUUUGGCCUGGGCGGGCAGGAAGAAGGAAAAAAAGCCAUUAAAUAUUUAUCCAGUGCUGGGAUCGUCAGUUUGCGGCUGGAGAAUAACAAGAUGAAUACUAACAUCAUGUAUGCCAGCAGAAAGAGGAGAAAACCCGUCCAAAAAACGGCAAAGCCAACACCAACUGAAGGUGUGAAAUCCAACCCAUCAAAAAGACACAGAGACCGCCUGAACACAGAGUUGGAUCGGCUAGCAAGCCUCUUGCCGUUCUCACAGGACAUUAUAUCCAAACUUGACAAACUUUCUGUCCUGAGGCUCAGUGUUAGCUAUCUCAGAGCCAAAGGCUUCUUUGAAGUUGCUCUACAAUCAUCCAAGACAGACGGCAAUGGGAUUAGUGAAAAUCGCAGAGUGAUAAAACCAGGGAAGGAUUUACAUUUGUUAGAAGGAGAACUUCUAUUACAGGCGCUUAAUGGGUUUGUACUGGUCAUUGCUUCUGAUGGACUUGUUUUCUUUGCUUCUUCCACCAUUCAGGAUUACCUGGGAUUUCAACAAUCUGAUGUAAUUCACCAAAGUGUGUAUGAGCUUAUACAUACAGAAGAUCGACCUGAAUUUCAGCAGCAGCUUCACUGGGCAUUGGAUCCUGUACAAUCAUCAGAUCUUUCACAAAGAGCCCAAGAUGAUAAUGGGUUUCCAUUGACGACCUCUAACUACAAUCCAGAUCAGCUUCCUCCUGAGAAUUCUUCCUUUAUGGAAAGGAACUUUGUAUGUAGGUUAAGAUGCCUACUGGAUAAUUCUUCAGGAUUCUUGGCUAUGAAUUUUCAAGGACGCUUAAAGUUUCUGCAUGGACAGAACAAGAAAGGGAAAGAUGGGUCGUUAAUCCCCCCUCAGUUGGCACUUUUUGCCUUGGCAACUCCAUUGCAGUCUCCGUCCAUCCUUGAGAUUCGAACCAAAAACUUUAUUUUCAGAACAAAGCACAGACUAGACUUCACCCCGAUUGGUUGUGAUACAAAAGGAAGUAUUGUGCUGGGAUACACCGAAGCAGAGUUAUGCGUGAGAGGAACUGGGUACCAGUUUAUUCAUGCUGCAGAUAUGCUGUAUUGUGCAGAGAAUCACGUUCGAAUGAUCAAGACAGGAGAAAGUGGUAUGACUGUGUUCCGACUUCUUACAAAAGAUAAUGGAUGGGCUUGGGUCCAAGCAAAUGCCCGGCUUGUGUACAAAAAUGGAAGACCAGACUAUAUCAUUGCAACACAAAGACCUCUUACAGAGGAAGAAGGGGCAGAAAACUUAAGAAAACGAAGCUCACAGCUGCCUUUCAUUUUUGCGACUGGCGAGGCAGUGUUGUACGAAACUUCAUUUCCUUUCCCAAGCCUUAUUGAUUCUACACCAAAUAAGACCAAGGGUUCUUCAGUCAAAGGAGGAUCUGCCAAAUCUUCAGCAAAUGAAUCAUCAGUAAAGCCUGCCUCACUGUUGGGCGCAAUGCUAAGACAGGAUGAGUCCGUGUACCUUUGCCCACCAGCUCAAAACACAUUUUCCUUUGAAAACUUAUUUGAAAAUUCCAAAGAUGAACUGAGCAAUACAGUAUCAAGUGGCUGGCAAGAAGGUUGUAUGCCAGUGACUAAUAAUAUGAAACAGGAGGAAGGAGCUUGUCCCCAGGCAAAAAAUGUAACACUUCCAUCAGGUAACGCAGAAAUAUUUGCUGAAAGCAAGAAUAAUGAGCUUUACAAUAUCAUGAGUAGCUUGGGCAUCAACUUUGAUGAUUUGGAGAUGAUCCAACAGGAUGAUGCCUUUUUUAGGGGUGAAUUUGAAUAUCCUGAUAUUUCAGACAUUGAUGUUACAGACGAAAUUUUGACUUAUGUUCAGGAUUCCCUUAAUACAAAAUCAGACUGUAUGUAUUUGAAUAGUGUUCAACAAAUGCCUAAUGUACCAGAACCAUCUAAUAUCAUACAGAAUCAUAUGGAUGUUCCUCAGCUGCAUCAGCAGCAGCCAAACCAAAUCAUGUCACAACAGCUAUGUCAGAAAAUGAAACAUAUGCAGGUCAAUGGUAUGCUUAGUAACUGGAACUCUGUGAGAAAUGUACCGGUCACAUACAAAGAGCAGCAGCCUAAUCAAUAUAAUGUUUCAGGUGUGAACAACGUGGCUGAAGACUAUUAUAAGUCUGAACUGAGCAGUGCUCCGUAUGCCUGUAAACAAGAAUUUAUGCCUUACCAGCAGCCCCUGCCUAUAGUGCCACUAUCUAAUAACCUUACACAGAUGGACUUUGACCUUGGAAAUGUGGAACAAUCUGUUUACCCUCCUCCCCCUAACAUAGAGGGUUUUUUAGAAUGUUUAUCACAAGCCCCUGAAAUCCAAGAAUGUGGAUUAAAUACACAGACAGUCAUGGUGACUCCUCAGACUUGCUAUUCUGGUGCUGUUUCUAUGUAUCAGUGCUUACCUGAGCCUCAACCAUCCUGCCUAACGCAAAUGCAGUAUAACCCCAUGAUGCCAAGUCAUCAGCAGUUAUUGAACAAAUUCCAAAAUGGUUUUGGUGGAGGAAAUGUAAGUGAAGUGUAUACAGCACCAAUGGAUGUGGCAAAUAGCACUCAGAGUGCCACACAUCUUCAUCUUCAUCAUCACCAACAAGCAGAUUCUCAGCAUUAUCCAGAUUUACCAUCAAGUGGAUACAUGUAAAUAGGUUGUGAACGGCUUUAUUGCAUUCUCUGAAGAGUUGUGCUUUUAUGUUGGCCUCAGUAAAAGACUACAUGUUAAAAAAUGCUUUAAAAGCUUAAACAGAACCUAAAAGGUUUAUUUAGGCUGUUGCCUUUUUUUAGGCCACAGAAGUCUACAGCUUACAUGUUGGACAGGGCUGGCCAGGCCGUUCAUUGGAGGAAAAAAGAUCAUAAUUUGGGAAAACAUUUUAUUCCCCUAAUAAGUACAUUUUAUUUUCAGUGUAUUUUUAAAAUACAUUUCUGUUCUAUCCCGUAACAACAUAAGAUAAGGCAAAUGUUUUGUUUAACCCUUUGCUGGUUUAAAAAUGACUUGUUUAACUACAGAGCACUUACAGACUCACCCUAAAGAGCAUAGUAUGAACUUUUAUUUAUAUGUAGAGAGACUUUUCUUUUCUGGUUCGUUUCAAUCUUUUUCCAAGUAAAAAAAAAAAAAGGAUAACUUCAUGUACAAAAGCACUUACUUUAAAGGGACAUAACCUCUUUUUGAUAUAUGUAUGCAUAAUAUAUAUCGGCAAUUAAACACUACAUUGCAAAAGGUCUGCAUACAGAAUAAAUGUUUUAAAAUCGUUUAAACUGUCGGCAAAACAUGCAUUGCUGUGUAGUAAACGUAUCUCUUCCACUGAAUCCAGUUAUGUAGAUAAAAAUGAGUUACAACAGUGGUCAUUGCCGUAUAGUAGUGUUAGGCUGGGAAAGUUUGGGAUAUGCACUUACAAAUUUAGCUGCAAUAAAAGAAAAAAAUCCACAUUUGAGUGAAAUCUAAGGAAAAUGGGGCAUAAUAAAUAAUUUGACGAUAUUGCUUUUUUUUAAGGAAUCUAUAUAAUGAAGCAUUUUUAAAUUAUAAUCUUGGAGUGUUUUGUGUCCCUUUAAAGUGGCAGCUUUAUGUAGACUUCAUCCUGUUUUAUUCUGUGCUGUUAAUGGGAAAGAUUAAACAAAAUCCGUCAUUUCCACGCAUGUUACCGCAGUUUAAAUUAAUAUUAAAUGUUCUGCAGUCUAUUUUAGUUACAGUGUCCUGAAUAUUCAGCCUUCUUGAUAAGAAGUAAAUUAGUUUGCAUUCUUCAUUUAUUUUAGGGACAUUGCUGAAUAAAAGAUACCCUGUUAAUAAUUUUAUGUGCAAAAUUAUUUCUACCCAUUUUUGGAAAACUAUAAUGCUGGAGCUCCUUUUACUUACGUUGACGUUGGGUAUAGUUUGUUUGAGAGAUAACUAUUUUUAUUGUUGUUUUAGUUCCUGCAAAAAUUGGAGAAAAGUCUUGAUGACAAGUUUGACAUAUUCAUCUAUAAAAAGUAAAUGUUUUGUGUAUGAAAAGAUAGCUUAUUUUUGCUAUAAAGUUGCAUACUUAUAACUACUAUUAAAUUCCUAUUAUAUAUAAUAAAUUAUAAGAAAGAACUAUAUACAUUAUCAUCAUUCCAAUGAGUGUAUAUAACAUCUCUCUAUUGAUCUAAGUACCAGAUUAGCUGAGGUUACAACAGACUUAAUUUUGACUGCACUAGGAUUUAGUUUUUGUUUGUUUGUUUUUUUGUUUAUUUUACGUGAGCCACUUUAUUAGACUCUCGUUUUCUUAUAUAUAUUUUUUUCUCUUAAUUCCCAAUAUAAUCACUUGAUUUUGUAGGCUAGGCAAAUGUAAAGUUGUUUUUAUUAUUAAAUAGCCAAUGGAUGUUACAUGCUGAGUGUAAAUUACCCCGAUUCAAUUACUUAUUGUUGUCUCUUAGUUGAAACUGAUUAUUAAAGGGACAUUUAUAGUGCAAAAAUAACCUGCACUAAUUCAUUACAUCAUAUAAUUUUUAGCAAUACUGACAUUGAAAGUCUAUAGGCCCUAUUCUCUAUAGCUCGCUCGUCUGGCGAGAUUAUCUAAGAAGUCUCAUCAGUACAAUAUUAUGUCUAAAAAAAGACUUCCAAAAGAUCCCAUGUGCCUGAUUUCUCUUCAUGCCAACAGGUAUUUGAUCGCCUGGCCCUAUGUGUUUAACCCCUGCAAAGGGGUUUAACAUACCACUUGGGGGCCUCAAAGAAAUGCUGGUCCUGAGCAGACACAGCUGACGAGCCAAUUAGCAGAGGCAGUUGCACAACCCAGACAAUCACUUCACUGGCCGUGCCUGCUCAAGACCUGCAGUUCCCAAGUAGGCUAUGUGACUAACCUCUGAGGAUUAAGCACACAGAUUAGCAGGGUCACUAGCGCUAAAAUGAUUAUGAUUAAGAACUUUUAAAGGGAUAUUGUAGUGCAACGUUUAUAUGCUCUAAAAGUUUUCAAAAGUUUGGGUGAGAGUUCCUAGCAAUGGCACAACUUCAAAAAGAGGGAAUUCAUCAAAUACCCUUUGCUAUUUAAUAGGGGUUAAAAGUGGCAUUUGACGUGCACAACAGUUUAUUUUAUACUCCAUUUUAGAAGCAUUUUUUGCAAUACACAUUUUUUAGAAAAAAAAUUGCUUCUUUAAAAGCAAAUCACAACUUUUCUUUUAACUUUUUUUUAUGCAUAAGACUGCACACAACGCAAAUGCGAUACACGCCUGCUCCAAAUGACAUAGUGACAUUGUACAUAUUACAGAAAUGAUUCUAAAAAAAUGUAUUUCAAAUUCCAUUUUGAUUAAUUUAAUUGGAGAAAAAUAACUGGAUAUUUUAACUUGGCAUGUACCCAGAACGUUAACGGAAUAUCUAUUUGCUUCUUUACUAAGUUAUAACGGUCUCUUGCUUAGAUUUCCUGAGUAUAUUCACAUUAUAUAUAAAAAGAUGCCUUUUGCUCAUUAGUAUGUUUCUAGGAAUUGUGUAAUAUUUCUGACAUGCUUCCAUUUAGAUAUCUAUUUUCUUUGCAUAAAACCCAUAGUCAUGCAUUCAUUGUAAACAGUGUUGGUAAAUUGAAUUAUUAUUGUAUGGACUAGACUUUAACAGUGGCCUUAAAGGAAAUUCACAGGUCUCUUUUCCACCUAGUCCAACAAAAAUCUAUAUAACACUUGAUAUAUCUAGUUGUUCUUUUGCCUUAUUUGGGUUCAGUAGUAUUUAUCCAAGACAACAUCUCAUACAUUUGGGUAGAUGUUAGUUCUUGGAACGAAAAUGGUGCAGCCACUUCAAUUUCAUAUAAUUUUUUAAAAUUUGCAGGUAAUUUUCCAUUUUUUAGUUAUUAGUUAAUCUUACUAUUUUAUUUUUUAGAAUGAAACCUAAGGAGCAAAACUCUCUCAUUCCCUUUUUAUAGAGCAUCGAAUUGUUCAUUUUAUCGGUGAUGACAAAUAAAGCUUUAUGCACUUUGUUAACAGAAAAAGCACUUAUUACAAAGUAAAUAUCCUUACCAGCAACCAAAGUGUGUAGCACACAUUCUUAUUAAUGUAAAUUCAUGUGUGCAGAUACUGUGUUACGGCUUACACCUGCAAUUUUGCCAGUUUUAGAAGCACAGUCUGAUAAAUAAAGCAAAAUGAGUUUGCAGGACUCUCUAGCAAUAGUGAGAUUAAAGGGACAUGAAACCCCCCCAAAAAAAUAUUUUGUGAUUCAGAUAGAGAAUACAAUUUAAAACAACAUUCCGUUUUACUUCUUUUAUCUAAUUUGCUUUAUUUAUUAGGUAUCCUAUGUUGAAGAAAUAUCAAAGCUCAUAGGAGAGAUAAGGACACAAGGCUAUCUAUGUGUAGCCACCAAUCAGCUGCUACGGUGCCUAUUUAGAUAUGCUUUUCAGCAAAGAAUACCAACAUAAUUAAGCAAAUUAGAUAAUAGAAGGGAAUUUGAAAGUUAUUGCAUUCCCUUUCUAAAUCAUGAAAGAAAGAAUUUGGGCUUCUUGUCUCUUUAAGGCUUCUUAAUGUAUGCAAGGGUUAACCUUUUAGUAUUUCAUCUUGUAUAUGGAAAAGAAGGCUGCUAGUUUCUCUCUCUUCUUUUUUACGUUGUGAUUAUUUUGUCCAAGUUACUAUUUGUAUAAAACAGGGUUAAAGUCUUCUUGUUUGCUAUACUGAGAGCAUUGUUUUUGUGACAUUGUUUAAACUUGUGUUUGACAGUUUAUAUUUUGGACAAACAUUGAAUUUAUGUGCUUUACAUUGAAGAUCUCUCUAGCACCAUCAUGGUUAAUGCAAACAGGAAAAAAAAACCUGUGCCUUAUCUUUUGUGUUAGUUGUUUUCUACAUCUGACUCUAUGCAAUGUUUUUCAGCAUGUCAGCCUGUUCGAUCAUGAAGAAUAGCAUAUGCAUUAGGGUUUUUCUGUACAGUAGACAUUUAAACAGUAUUGAGAUUUUUCUUUGCUUAGAGUGUUUUUAGUUAAAUUGAAAUUUUUAUGUUUGUAAAAAAAAAAAUAUGUAGAUAAAAAAUAAAAUAAAAAAAUACUCACAUUGCACUUAUAAUGGAGUCCUUAUUUGCUUUAGAAUGAAGGAUUCCUUGUAUGUAUUUAGAUUAAAUCAUAAUCAUUAUCAGCCUUUUCAAUUGGAAUAAACGACUAUUUCACUUCUGUGUAUUUUACAGCACUAUUUUUUGUCUAAAGAAGGCCAUUCAUUUGUGGAUUACUUGUAAAGUCCAUUGGUGCAACAAAUAAAAAAAGGUCUUUCAAUAAAAAAAAAACUAGUUAUUGUUGCAGGUAAAAGGGACAUAAAACUCAGAUGUUAAUGAAAAUGUUGCCAUAUCCUUCUGUUACAAAAACAAACCUGGAUCUGUCCUAAUUUUACCUAUAGAUUUGCUUGUUUUACAUGCCUGUAACGAUGAUCGCAAAACAUAGAGACAUAUUGGUGCAUGCACUAAACUGAUGGUCAAACAUGCAUAGGGCUCCAUUUAAGACUGCUCCUUAGCGGAUUGAAAUCAUCCCGAUCCAAUACAAUUGGGAUGAUUGACAGCCUCUGCUAGCAGCCGAUUGCCAGUUAGCAGGGGCAGCGUUGCACAAUCAUUUCACUAGAAAUAUACUUAAUCUACCAUAUAAUCUCUAUAUGCUCCAUAAUCAUCAAUUGGACAUGUAAAAGGUGCUGGUCUCCGAGUAAAUUUAGUAUUGUUGAAGGCAUUUUUUUACUAACAUUAUGCAAGAUUUUGAGUUUGAGUUUUAUACCUCUUUUAGCUACUCUACAGUUAUGUCAUAUAAAAUGUAUAGAUUAAUAAUGAGCGAUAGACCUUAAUCUCAAAAACUCCUUCAAAACUAAAAUGCACAGGCUGCUUGCUGAGUUUAAGCAUAACUAGCUGUUGUUACAUGUUAUACCUGCUGAAUUAUAUCAUUUGUAGAAAAAAAAACAAUAAACUUACUUAUGUUCAUAUAUAUAUUGUAUAAAGCGUUGUGAUAUCAAGACUUAUUUAUGUCUUUUUUUUUGUAAGUCUUGUCAAUCACAUAACUGCAAAACUGCGUUGUGUAUGUGUGUGUGUGUGUGUUUAUGUGUAUAUAUAUAUAUAUAUAUAUAUAUAUAUAUAUAUACACACACACAUCAUUUUUUUUUCAACAAAAACAUGUAAUUACACCAAUGUUUGGUGUAAAAUGUUGUUUUAAAUAAAAAAAAAAGUUGUUUUUUUUGUACAUGUAAAAUAUUCACAUUGUGUGUGUGCUGUAUAACUUAUAUGUAAUGAACAAAAGCAGCUUCAUAUGUAAGAUGAUUAUAAUUCUGAUUUUGUUUUAUUUUGUUUUUUUGUUAUUGUUUUUAUUUGCCAGUGUGGCAAAAAAAAAAAAAAUCUUCCGAAUAAAAAAUUGUGUUCUGUGCCAUUCAAAAUGAAGCAGAAAACAAACAAAAAAAAUGUCACAUUUAUGUUUUUUAUAUCGUUUAAUAAAAGGACAAUCAUAUGGA